AUGCAGAAACAAUUAACAUUGGUAUUGUUCAUCUUCGCCACUGUAACUGUAAUUACAGUUAUCGAUUCUAUAGAAGCUGCACCUUUCUCUCCAGAACGACAACUUUAUUUGGACCAAUUAGAAGAAGAUCCUCAGUCAUUUUACGAAUUGGUCGCGCAGUAUAACAAACUAAAAGAAUUGGAAAACAAACGGGCUUACGGACUUGAUUUUGGACUGAGCCGCGGAUUCAGCGGAUCCCAAACCGCAAAACAUUUGAUGGGUAUGGCAGCUGCCAAUUAUGCAAAUGGACCCGGACGGAGGCGUCGAUCCGAGCAGGCGUAA